AUGCCUCCGAAAGAAAAAGAGAAAGGCAAGAGCAAGGACCCUAGGAGGCGGUUCAGAACACACAUUGCGGAUCCAGCCACACUUGCCACAUUGACUCCCUUUCCCAGACCACCCUCUUCUUCUAGCCAGGGAUCGACUGGGUCAUCCCAAGCUAGUGCUGCUGCACCCGGUGGAGGGUCUGGUGUUGUUGCACCUGUUGGUUUUAUCCUCCCUACAGGUUACCAGUUGCCUCCUCCACCAACAUUUUCUCAUGGGCAGACCGGCUUUAUGAUCCCUCAACAUCAACAACCCCCACAACCCCAACAUCAACAACCCCCGCCCCAACCCCAACAGGGUGCUGAUGAUGAUGAUGAGGAGAUGGCAGAUUAUCCGCAAGAUGAACAAGAGCGUUACAUCAUUAUGCCUAGCGGGAACUCUUUCAUGCCCUGCAAGCCAGCCGCCAGUGCCAUUAGAGACAUCAUCCAGGGAAGGUUUCAUGGAUUUUGGAAGACUUAUGGUGAUAUCCCAGAUGAUGAAAAGGAUGCAUGGUUUGGUCUUUUUGAGAUGAAGUGUACCUGGAACCCCAGGUACUAUGCUCAGAUAAGGAGGAACUUUCACAUUAGAGCUUCUGUCCGCCUCUCCGACAUGUUGCGACAUAGCCACUUAUGA